AUGAGGUCAGCAUCAGAAGAGCCAGUCCCAUUACAUGAAGAAUUUAUCUACUGUUGUGGAGCGGCUACCCAUGUCUUAAAGUGUGGGCCCUGGAAAGACCUCUCAAAAGAUGAAAGUAAAAAUCUACCCAGGCUCUUAUUCAUGAUUAUUCCUGGUAACCCUGGACUGGCAGGUUAUUACAGGACCUUUAUACAGGCCUUAUAUUGUGGACUAAAUCAGCAGUAUCCCGUGUGGGUUGUGAGCCAUGCCGGACAUUGUAAGCCUCCUAGUGGUAUGGAAAUGAUAGAAGACACAGAUAUUAAGGAGCUAGAGGAUGUUUUUGGACUUAACGGACAAGUAGAGCAUAAGCUGAACUUCCUCAAAAAGAAUGUAUCAAAAGAUAUAAAGCUGGUACUGAUUGCUCAUUCUAUUGGUUGCUACAUCACACUGGAGAUGAUGAAGCGAGCAUCAGAACUUCAG